AUGAACAAUGGAUCCCUGGCUGCUUCCAAGCCAACGCUACCCGAUAUAUCAGGCAAAUCGUGCAACCAAAACCACGGGCUCAGGCUACAUCGCCUCUACGCGUUAGCCCUAUCCGGGGCAAGCGUUAGCGAUGGGGGUUGCGAAGUGCACCGGAAUCAAAUCACCACGGCCAUGCAACGGCUUUCCGCCGUUGAGAAACCAAAAGCAAACACUUAUGAAUACCAUCUGCAGCCAUCACCAAGUGUCUUCCACCAUGGUGGCCUUUUCUAG